UCCAACUCGACCCUGUUUUUUCUUCUCUUUUUUCUCCUGGCUUGUGUGUGACUGUCUCUCCCUGGGGGGUAGAGUUAGCUACCAAGGGACACCUCCCAGGACCUUUGUGCAUCAGAAAUGUGUUUCUUCUCCAUCUGAAGUCCUAAUCCUCCACUUGUGACGGACAAUUGGUCACUAUGGCAACUGACUGUGACGUCACAGGAUAAGGACUUCAGGUGAAGUGGCAGGAGCAGGUGAGUGUGUAGGAAACAGAUUUUAAUGUCUGUCGAAGGCCCCCCCGCACACCCUCCUUCAGCGCCGGGGGCAUGGAGGGAUGUCUCGGGCUCCUGCUGAUUUUUAAAAUGAUGCGGUGAGAGUGUGUGCCUGGCAUCUGCGUGCUGCAGCAGUGUGGGGCUGACAGAGUGUGUCAACUUGAGCUCUGGCUGUGCAGGCACCGCUGCUGCGUGAGCCUGUUAUUCCAUUCUGGAUUGCUAUUUUGAUACCCAGAUUGCAUCAUUCUUCCUACGUAUAAACAGGGGGUCCCCAGGGCCCUGCAGCUACUCACUUCUCCACCAACACUGUUGUUGUGAUGAGCUCUAUUUAAAUGAGCUGCCGGAUCGGGGCAGGUUCCAGCCAUACAUGAGCAUUGUCAUUUUGGGGAACAUGGAGGGCUGAAGGAUUUUUGGAUCGAGUCUUAAAAGGCUGAGAGUGAUGGCCUCCUGAGCUGUGCAGAGGGCGACAGAGCUAGUUCCUGAAAGUUGAAAAUCUCGUUUUCUUCCUUCUGAGCUUCUAUUCCAAGGCACCCAGAGGAUUAGGAAGGAGAUGCAGCUAGGAAGAGAGUCGCCUCUUUGAGGUCUCCCUCUUGCUGUUCAGUUUGGGAAAAUUGCUGCAGAGCCUUCGAGAUAAACAGGAACAGGAGGAGUCAACCAAGCCCUUUCUUGCAGGAGCAUCUCAGAGCUCAUCUCCUGUCCUGGGUGUAAGCAAGUGUACCUUACCAGGGAUGUAACUGAACUUUUUUUUCCGCUUUGCUUUUCUACUGGGCAACCCAAGAUGGCCAGGAGCUGCUCUGAGUGCAAGGAGAAGAGGGCAGCACACAUCCUCUGUACCUACUGCAACCGCUGGCUGUGCAGCUCCUGCACGGAGGAGCAUCGGCAUGGUCCUGCCCCUGGCAGCCCGCUCUUUCCCCGGGCCCAGAAGGGAUCUCCAGGAGUGAAUGGUGGUUCUGGGGACUUCGCCUUGUACUGUCCUCUACACACACAGGAAGUGCUCAAGCUGUUCUGCGAGACCUGUGAUGUGCUCACAUGCCACAGCUGCCUCAUGGUGGAACACAAAGAACACAGGUGCAGACAUCUUGAAGAAGUUUUGCAAAACCAGAGGAUGCUUCUGGAAAGUGUGACUACACAGGUGGCUCAUAAGAAAUCCAGUCUACAGACAUCUGCAAAGCAAAUUGAGGACAGGAUUUUUGAGGUGAAGCAUCAGCACAGGAAGGUGGAAAACCAGAUCAAAAUGGCCAAGAUGGUUCUGAUGAAUGAGCUGAACAAACAGGCCAACGGGCUCAUAGAGGAGUUGGAGGGCAUUACUAAUGAGAGAAAGCGGAAGCUGGAGCAGCAGUUACAGAGCAUCAUGGUCCUCAACCGUCAGUUUGAGCAUGUGCAGAAUUUCAUCAAUUGGGCUGUCUGCAGCAAAACCAGUGUCCCUUUCCUUUUCAGCAAAGAGCUGAUUGUGUUUCAGAUGCAGCGAUUGCUGGAGACAAAUUGUAACACAGAUCCUGGCUCCCCUUGGAGUAUCAGAUUCACCUGGGAGCCUAACUUCUGGACCAAGCAGCUGGCUUCCCUUGGCUGUAUAACUACUGAAGGUGGACAGCUGUCCCGGGCAGAUACUCCUGCUUAUGGAGGCUUACAGGGACCAUCAUCCUUUUAUCAAAGCCGCCAGUCCCCAGUGGCUCAGCAAGAGACUCUUAGCCACCCCUCUCACAAGUUCCAGUCUCCAGCACUGUGUUCCUCGUCUGUGUGCUGCUCCCACUGCUCCCCAGUCUCACCUUCCCUCAAAUGCCAGGUCCCCCCACCCAGCAUACACCCAGCGCACAACUUUAGGCAGCCCUCUGAGGUGGUACCCCAACAACUGGGGUCACUGCAGUGUUCCACCCUGCUGCCCAGGGAGAAAGAGCCGCCUUGCACUCCUCAUCCGCCAAAGCUGCUGCAGCCCUGGCUGGAUACCCAGCCCCCCGUGGAGCAGGAGAGCACAUCCCAGCGGCUGGGGCAGCAGCUCUCUACCCAGCCGGUGUGCAUCGUACCUCCGCAGGAUGUUCAGCAAGGAGCCCAUGCCCAACCCACCUUACAGACACCCUCUAUCCAAGUCCAGUUCGGCCACCACCAGAAGCUAAAGCUUAGCCACUUCCAGCAGCAGCCACAGCAGCAGUUGCCGCCUCCCCCACCUCUGCCACCUCCACCCCAGCAGCAGCCACCCCCACCUCUACCUCCAUCCCAGCAUCUGGCUCCCAGUCAGCAUGAGAGCCCUCCUGGGCCUGCCUGUUCCCAGAACGUGGACAUAAUGCACCACAAGUUUGAGCUGGAGGAAAUGCAGAAGGACCUGGAGCUUCUGCUUCAGGCUCAACAGCCCAGCCUGCAACUGAGUCAGACCAAAUCGCCUCAGCAUCUUCAGCAAACCAUUGUGGGCCAGAUCAACUACAUCGUGAGGCAGCCAGCACCCGUGCAGUCCCAGAGUCAGGAGGACGCCGUGCAGGCUACAGAUGAGCCCCCAGCAUCUGAAGGCCCAAAGCCAGCUCUCCCUCUUGACAAGAAUACUGCUGCUACCUUGCCCCAGGCGUCUGGGGAAGAAACCCCUCACAGUGUCCCCCCACUGGACAGCACCAUCCAGCACUCCUCUCCAAAUGUCGUGAGAAAGCACUCCACUUCGGUGAGCAUCAUGGGCUUUUCCAACACUCUGGAGAUGGAGCUGUCAUCUACCAGGCUGGCGAGGACCGUAGAGCCACAAAUCCAGAGCGUGAGCAGCCUGACAUCUGGCCACCCCCGGGCAGUACCAAGCCUGCUGAGUGGCCCCCCCACAACUGUGUCCAGCCUGACAAGCAGUCAAAACCAGGCUAUGCCCAGCCUGACAGCCAGUCACCUGCAGACCAUGCCCAGCCUUGUGCGUGGCACACCCCACUCCGUGUCCAACCUGAUGAGUGAUUCCUCCCAGGCCAUCACAAGCCUAGCAAGUGAUCACUCUCAGGCUGGGCCCUUCCUGAUGUCUGGUCCCACCCAGGCUAUGCCGAGUCUCGCAACUUGUCCUCUGCAGAGCAUGCCUCCGGCUUCUGACAUGCAGCCGGAAACUGGAUCCAGCUGCAGUCCUGGCUCUGGCCGAGCUGCAGGAAGCCUGUGCCCUGGGGAUGGGGCUGACCCCUCCCUGGUGAAUACCCUGUGUAAGAUGGAAAGUGAGGAUUCUGCCCGCUUCACUGACUCUCUGGGACAAGGCUCCAUAGCCCCUGGUCUGGAUGCUUCCAAGGACUUGGCUAUCCCCUCAGAACUGGAGGAGCCAAUUAACCUCUCUGUGAGAAAACCUCCAUUGGUCCCAGUGGUCAACACAUCCACGGCUCUGCAGCAGUACUGGAACCCAAAAGAGUGUGAGAAUUUUAAACAAGGAGCCCUAGAGCUGGAUACAAAAGAGAACCAGAGCAUCAGACCCUUCAUCAGUCAGCCCAAGAUUCCCUACGUGCGCCUGGAGCGACUCAAGAUCUGUGCUGCCUCUUCGGGAGAGAUGCCUGUGUUCAAGCUGAAGCCACAGAAGAAUGAUCAGGAUGGGAGCUUCCUGCUGAUCAUUGAGUGUGGCACUGAGUCCUCCAGCAUGUCCAUUAAGGUCAGCCCGGACAACCUGCCUGAUGCCAUCCAGGCCCCAAGUCUCGGGGGAAGAAAGGUCACUGUCACUUCUCUGGCUGGGCAGCGGCCCCCAGAGGUGGAGGGUGCAUCUCCUGAAGAACACAGACUCAUUCCUCGAACCCCUGGAGCCAAGAAGGGGCCCCCAGUACCCAUAGAGAAUGAGGACUUCUGUGCUGUGUGCCUCAAUGGGGGAGAGCUGCUGUGCUGUGACCGCUGCCCCAAAGUGUACCACCUUUCUUGCCACCUGCCAGCCUUGCUCAGCUUCCCAGGGGGAGAUUGGGCAUGUACCUUGUGCCGCAGCCUGACCCAGCCCGAGAUCGAGUACGAUUGCGAGAAUGCGCGCUAUAACCAGCCUGGAGUGCGGGCCCCUCCGGGCCUGAGCAUAUAUGACCAGAAGAAGUGUGAGAAGCUGGUGCUGUCCUUGUGCUGCAAUAGCCUCAGCCUGCCCUUCCAUGAGCCCGUCAGCCCGCUGGCCCGGCAUUACUACCAGAUUAUCAAGAGGCCUAUGGACCUGUCGAUCAUCCGGAGGAAGCUGCAAAAGAAGGACCCAGCUCACUACACCACCCCAGAGGAGGUGGUGUCAGAUGUGCGCCUCAUGUUCUGGAACUGUGCUAAGUUCAAUUAUCCCGACUCAGAGGUUGCCGAGGCUGGCCGCUGCCUGGAAGUGUUCUUUGAGGGCUGGUUGAAGGAGAUCUACCCGGAGAAACGGUUUGCCCAGCCAAGGCAGGAGGACUCAGACUCGGAGGAGAUGUCUAGCGAGAGUGGGUGUCCCACUCCCCAGGGCUUCCCGUGGCCCCCCUACGUGCAGGAGGGCAUCCAACCCAAGAGGCGGCGGCGACAUAUGGAGAAUGAAAGAGCAAAGAGAAUGUCGUUCCGCCUGGCCAACAGCGUCUCCCAAGUGUGAGAACGGGAAGGAGGCUGAGCACUCUGGCAGCUGUGUCCCGUCCUCUUGACCACUCCUCCCCACCUUUCAGCUCAUCCUCUUCAGAUUGUGGACGUGAGAUGAGUCUUGUCAAGCUGUGUAGUGCUCUUCUUUGCCAUUUGCAUCUUACAGCAUUUAUUUGGAAGCCAUAGUGCAUCCACUUCAGAGAAGAUUUCAGUAAUAAACAGCGAAGAGGGAA